GGUAUAUAUGCGUGCGGACUCGUGUUUUUUCUUAAAGCCUCCCGUGAAUUCCAGUCGUUUCAUUUUCCAAGCCUUCACAGGCGCGCGUUGUCUCAUCGAAAGAGAAGAACGAAGAAUGCCACCACCGCAGCGAGUGCGAGUCGUUGGACUGGCGCAGUCGCUGCGACGGCUUCGUCGAUGUCUCCGUCUUUCUCCCCCACCUCAUCCAGCCGGUGUAGCCGCCGCCGCCUCCUCUUACUCGGUCCAGCGAGCUGCCGUGACAUCGUCCGCGACCCGCACCGCACCUUCCGCGGCCGGCUCAUCGCGACCGCUCCGACUGGACCUGGGGAACAACAUCACCGUGGAGCUCGUCCCUGCUGGCCUGUCGCCGUCGUUGUCAUCUUCCGCCGCUGCUGGAGGCAAAGGAAGAGCUGGGCACCGCGGAGUGACGAAACACUGCGAGCGAAGGCGCGGCCGUAGGCAGCAGUCGCUACACGACACGCGGCAGGGUUCCUCAUCUGAGGCUCUGACGGGCUCUCCCGAUCCUGUUGUGGAGGGCGGCGGAUGGGGAAAGGAAAGCACCGCCCUCGACGAUGCUUCCAAGUCGAUCGCACGCAUACCAACGACAACAACAGCAGCAGCAGCAUCGUCGGAAGGUAGCUUCGUAGUUCCGCACAACGGCACCGUGGCGGCGGCCCUUCUCGAUGCUACGACGAUGCUGGAAGCCCUCUCCAUGCCGGCCUCCGCGGUGGCCUUCUCCCUGCCAGCGCCCUCCCACCACCAUCAUGGCCACACGUCACGGACAGAGAUAGCCGCGGCAGAGGUGGCACGUGCGGCUGCGCAGGCGAACUUUGCGAAGCUGCAGACGACCGCCCUCCCUCUCCUCUUCGCUUUUGCACAGCAGCAGCAGCAGCAACAGCAGCUGGAGACACUGUCCGAGCUGCCUCUCGCGUCAGCUGAACAGUCCUUUCAUCCUUCGAUUCCCCUGAGUGAGGUAGCGGAGGCGCUGCAGAGUCUCGCACAGCAUCUGGAUUCCAUCAGAAGCGCCACCCGCUGCGAUGGUCGUCGUCACGUCGCUGCACUGCCGCCACCGGUGGUGGCUGCGCUGUGGGACCGCGUCAUGCCGUUCCUGCACGCCCAAGCGCUUCCUCGCGAGAACAGCAACAGCAGCAGCAGCGGCGGCGAAGGCGAAGGCGGAAGUGAAGACCACACGAUGUCUGACGAGGUUUGUGACAGAGCAGAUGGAAUGGCAGGCGGUGCGCUGCUUUCUGCGGACGCCAGUUACGCGGAAGGAAGCAACGGCAGCGGGGGAGAACGUGCUGCAGCGGCGGCUGUGGGCGGUGAGCAGCGUAGAAGUAAGGCAGCGCUGUCUCUCGCGCCUUCACCGUCCGUGUUGAAGGCACCUUAUACGGCGGUGCGUCGCGCUCUCGCACUGCACACACGCAACCUCGCCACGCUUCUCUCACCCGAUGUGGUCGCCGUGGUGCUCACCCGUCUCUACCAAUGCGGAGCCCUCGCCGAUGACGUGCUCGGACCCGUCAUAGCAGACUUGUUGGAGAAGCAGCAUCACGGCCGCAGCAGCAGCAGCAGCUCGACACCGACACCCACCGUGGGCGGCACGAUCACGGUCCUGCAGCGAUGGGUACUUCGGCUUGAUGAAGGGUGGAGUGAAAGCAAUGCUUCGCCGGCGUCUGCACUCCCCAGCGCCUUCCACGGCGCCGCUGCGAUUACCAUGGCGCGUCUGCUGGGGAAGGCGUCUCUGCCGGGUCAUCAUCAGCUACACCGAUUCUUUCACCUCGCGUUGCUGCCGGAGGUGACACGCGUGCUGCGCUGCACCGCCACCGCCGUCGCCGCACAGCAUCACACAGCCAGCCCACACGAAAAGGACACCACCAAUGCGGCUGCGCAGGCGGCGGGAAACGCUGAUGACACUAAAAGUAGUAACAAUAGCAGCAGUGGUGUUGCCCUCGUUGCGGACCCUACGCAACCUGGUGUCGACGCGCUGCUUGACCUCACCUCUGCGUUUCGCCACUACGCCGUCUCCGGUGAGGCGGUGCAGCACCUAACCGCGCUGUGGGCUAUGCAGUUUGAACUCUCCGCGCAGGUCAGCUGGGGGGACUGCGCGGCGGUGCUGCGCGCCCUGUCGACGCUGCCGCACGCGUCGUCCCGAUCGCGACGGCGACAAGCCCGUCAGCUGUCGCGGCACGCCGGUGGCCGACAGGAGCAGCUGCUCGCGCACGUGGCGGAAGAGGACUACUACGCGCUCGUGGAGGAGGUUUAUGCACAGGUGCGCCAGCUUAGCGGCGCGGCGGUGACUACCCUCGGUUCUACAUUGCAGGACUCCAAUGCAUCCGCGGUGGUGGAUGUACCACCGGCGCAGCUACUCGCUCUCCUUCGCAUGCUGCUGCACGUGAACAGCCCACGCUGGGCGGAGACGUACGACGCGCUGGCCACCGUCGUCGUUGCUCAGUUGGCCUCGCAGCUCUCCUCAUCAGCAACCGCAGGAGCAACUACAGUAACGUCCGCCACCGAUGUGCAGGCACUGUUGGAGCGUGCGUUUCCGCUUCCCGACACACAACGCACGUUAAAGGCGCUCCUCCACCGUAACUCUCUCAUCCCCGAUCACCGCCUGCACCGCCUGCUGCUGCGGCGUGUCCUCCACGCACCAGAGGCGUUGACCGACGCGUCCGUUGCGGCGACUGCGCUGCUCGGGCUAGAAGUGAUGAUCCCCGCCGAGGAGGGUGGCGUGCGUGCUGCCUCGCUUGACGCGGUGUCCGACACAUCAUCGACGCUCUCGAAUCUCGUGCACGCGUCGCCCGGUGAGGCGUUCACCAUCACGGCCCACGAUCGCGCGCGUGCGCUGCAGGUGCUGCGCCGGCGUGGGCGCUCCAUGAACCCAUCCGCCUUUAUUGCCGGCUUGUGUGUUGCGCCGAUCGAUCAACUUCCUCUGUCUACGCAGUCUGCCCUCGUCAACCACCUCUCAUCGGUCGCCUCCGCCGUCGCCCCUGCCUAUCUCGUCAAAGGCAUGGCUGCCGUGGUGCGUCAGCUGCGCCCCGCAGCGCUCGACGACGUCUCGGUGCAGCGGUGGUACUCCCGCUUUACCGCCGUGGACGUUGUGCGGCGGGUGGACAGCGCGGGUUGUGCGGUGCUGCUCGAAAUUCUGUCUGCCAAUCCGCGCGUUGAGAUGAACUGCGCGCUGGCGAAGCAGGCGAUCACCCGUCAGAUCGGUGUGGCGCUGCUACGCGCCGGCGGUGACGACGACGGCGCUUCGCUCACGCUGGGACAGCUGCCGCCGGUACUGUCCGCCCUGCGCCGCGCGAACGUGUUCUUCCCCCCGUACUUCUCCCGGGUGUGCCGGCUGCUGCUGGGCCAGGUGGAGUCCGCGCCGCUGGGGGACCUGCUGCUGCCCUUCAGCGCCACCGCCGAGGAGUUCAUGCGUCGUCACCAGCGGGAAGGUCAGGCGAGUGUCUUCAGGGAUGUGUGGGAGCUGCUGCGGGGGCGGGUGCUGGACCAGGUGGCGACGCUCUCGCUCGACGAGACGUGCACGGCGCUGAACGCGUUCGCCGCGUUGGACGUAGGAGACAGAGCGCUGUUUAGGGUCCUGGUCCACCACCUGUGGGUCGGCGUGCGGCGGGAGGCCCUGAUUGGGGAAGCCCGUCACGGAAGCUUCAAUCCCAGCUCUAGCAGUACUGCUGCAGCAGCUGUGCCUUCGCCCGUCACGGAGCUCACGGACGAGAGCGGAGGAGGCGCAGCACACGAAGAGCAGGAGGUGAAGCUGCUGCGUCAUGCAGACGGCGCCGAUCCCCCCAGCGGCCGUGUCGGUGAUGUUGAGGACGAUGAGGAGGAGGCGCAGGAAGCGUUGGUGCGUCGAGCGGCGCAGCUCGGUCAGCGCAUCACGCAGACCCUUUCGCCGAGUGCGGUCGCCGUGGUGGUCGCCACGCUCUGCGCGCGUGCAGACGCAGCGGCGGCGGCGCUGCAGACCCGCGCGGAUGCAUACACAGAAGACGACAACGCUGCUCUCGUUCAUCAAAGAAGCAGCGGCAGCAGUGGUGGUGGAGACACGAUGGCGAGCACGAUGCUGCCGUGGAUGUUGUUGGCGCUGCGUCGCUGUCACGCGGAGUUGUACCCGAUCGACGUGGUCCACGUGCUGCCUGCGCUCGUACAGCGCUACACCACCAUCAACGCCGCAGCAGCAGCAGUGCCAGCAUCCACGUCUCCGCCGCGUUCGGCCACCACCACAGCAACAACCGCCUCCUCUUCUUCAUCAUCAUUGUCGUUGGUGGACGUGAGCGAGCUCGCUCUGCUGCACGCCGCCUUCGACGCGUGCCGCACCACGUUCCUCUCCAUGUACGCCGUCUUGCCGGAUCCCGCGGUACUGUCGGCGACCACCACCAGUACGGAAGAAGCAGCAUCCGCCUCAACAGCAAUACCAACAGCAGCAGCAGAUGAAAUACACAGCCACCGCGACGGCAGCACCCUCACAAGCGCAGAAAUCCAGCGCAUCGCCGCACAGCGUGCGCAGUGGACGCCCGCUGUGAAGAUGUCGGUGCAGGUCGUGCCUCGGCCAUGGUUCGCCACUCUUCUCCUCGCCCUGAGCAGCGCCGAUCUCGCAGAUAUCGACGUGGGCGUCGCCUGCGUCGAGCGAGCCUGUACGCGGCGCGUGUGCGGCUCGCUGCUGACGAUCGAUCAGCUCGUGGACUUGUGCUUGACGAUGUGUUGGUUGUCUCGCGCGUCCGCGACGACGACGACGGGUCCACCUCGCCACGACGAGAUGAAGAUGGAGGAAGAAGAAGUGGAAGGCAGCACUGCCACUUGCGGUGACGCAGCGAGCACCGCACCGACAGCCAUUACGUCCACUUCUGCCGCGCCGCUUCUUCGAACCGCCAUGGCCACCGUCCUCUCAGCGCUGUGGUACCGCAGCGAAGAACUCCACACGCGGCAGAUCAACGCCCUCCUGCGAUGUCUGCGGGACACGUACGGGGCCGAGCGCGUCGAUGCCGACUUUGUGCAGCGACUAGAGGCGCAGAAGGCGUUGAUUCGAGAACGAAGAAGGGCAGCUGCAGCCGCGACAGCCGACACGUCUGCGUCUACACGGGAUGACACGUCGUCGGCAAACGCGUUCUCAGAAGCCGUAAAAGACGAAGAGGCUACGAAGGUGAAUGCGGAAACGCCGGCGACGACGACGGCGCCGCGGCCCGAGACCGCGCUGCUGCUGCACGCCGAUGACCUCUUCUCCGUGAUGUAA